UGAGAACAGUUAGAUCGAACGGAUGUUUUAGCAACAGAUUCACUUUUUUAAACUAUGAUAUGCAUCACCGAGGAGACAUUACACGACACCGGAUUAACGUAACAGGACAAUAUUGGCUAACAGGAUUCUUCAUCAAGUUUCAAGUUUUAACCGAUUUUAUGUUUUAGCAUUUGUGCAAAUCUCAAUUUUUUUCUAGCUCAAGUACAUUUUGUGUUAUGUUGGACAAUGGCUGUAAAGGAUAAAACUGUUUCUGAUGGCAGCAGUGUCAGCAAAUCUUAAAUGCAUAUACAUUUUGUGAAUUUCACCUUCAAAUCUUUGGGUUUUUGUUAUCAACAUGUCAUAUUUGUGUGGACAUGCAAGCACUGAGCCCUCUGUUAGGAUGAGUCCUGACUGUAUGCACUCCAAUGAGUCGACAUCCCAAAGCGACGUGAGGCCCCGAGUGAUGGGUCUGAUCCUGAGCAUCGCCUCUUGCCUCAUCAUCUCCACCAACCUACUGGUGGCAGCAGCUCUUCUUAAGUUACUCCUCAAGAAGAGCAGCCAGAGCUGGUGCUUUGUCCUCAAUUUGGCACUGGCUGACGCCCUGGUGGGUGUGGCCAUCACUGGUCUAGCCACAGAGGACUUCAACAACAACAGCAAAAAUAUCACUCAGAACCAGUACAGCCAUAUCACUGCUGGUCCUCCCACAAACGCCACGCCUCCUGCUCAGGGCAAGACCCGGUGUUUGAUGCGGAUGGCCUUUGUGACAUCGCCCUGCACAGCAUCCAUCAUGUCCAUGUUCCUGAUCUCACUUGACCGCUAUGCAGCCAUAAAGAUGCCCCUGCGGUACUCUCAGCUCUCUGGGAAAGGGACAGCAGUCGGGUCCCUGCUAGCUCUGUGGAUCAGCUCUCUGAUUCUGGGAUUCUUGCCAGUUAUGGUGCGGCAGCUGCAGAGGGAUGUCUACAGCGGCUUCUGUGCCUUUUUCUCUGUUAUUGAGGUGGGCAUGAUUGCGUUAUUUAGCGCAUGCUUCUUUCCUGUGCUCUCUGUAUUUGUUUACAUCUACAUGGACAUCCUGAAGAUCGCCUGCAGCCACCAGAAGCAGAUCUGCCAAGUUAGGCAAGCCGGUUCUAGGACGGGUGACCACCAGAACAAUCAACAUCAUGAGCAUCAGCAUCAUCAGCAGCUAAGGAGCGGCUACUGGAGUCAUGUCAAGGCUCUGAGGACAGUGGCAGUGCUCGUGGGCUGCUUCUUGGUCCUCUGGUGCCCAUUCUUUGUGGCAUGCAUAGUGCACCUUCUGUGUGAAACCUGUGAACUCACUGACGUGUUGGAGAACUAUCUUUGGCUCUUGGGUCUAUCCAACUCACUGAUCAACCCUCUGGUCUACGCCUUCUGGCAAAGGGAGGUGCGGCUGCAAUUAGCAGCCAUGUUUUCCUGCUUUACAGGCAGCUCGUUGGCUGUUGGACCACCAGGUGUCGCCAAAAGAAGUGACCCGCCACCUGUGCUGACUCCAGCUGGUGUUCCUAGUGGAGAUACCCUCAACCCUUCACUGUUGCAGUCAGUUGUUGACCAUGACAAGACUCACAUUGUGCCUCUGUCUGCCACAACCAGCUUGUGAAAGAAACUGGAUGGACUAUCAAUGUGAUUUUCUAGAUAAUCUAGACACUGUGGCUGUAGAGUUAUUACAAAGAAGUUAAAACUUACUUUAAGAGCUGUGAAGAGUUUCUUGCCUCACCUUUUCUUUCUGAAAAGCUGAAACACAUUCCUAUCCAGAUUUGAAAAGAAAUGAAUUUCUACCAGAUGGUAAAAUGUGUCGACCCCUUAAUUUUAUCCCAGCUAAAACCCUCACAAGGUGAAUAUCUUUGUUCUAAAAUUAAAACCAUGAAUGUGAGAGCUACUUCUGAAUGUGUGUACUAAUUUGACCUUAACUUUUACUUUAAAUUGAUACAUGAAUUAAAGUGAGUUUUAAAUCUUCAGCACUGACCUGCGCCCCGUCAUCAAGAUGUUUUUGGGAAACAGGGCAUUGAUCAGAAUAGAGGUCUGC